AUGAACAAGAUAUUCGAGAAAGGACAUGUGGAGGAAGCCCCACCUGUACCUGACACAAAAGAGCAGUGGUACCUGCCCAUGUUUGGUGUAUAUCACCCACAGAAAAGAGACUCAAUACGAAUGGUGUUCGAUUCCUCAGCGAAAUUUAACAACAUGUCACUUAAUGAGAUACUCCUUAAAGGCCCCGACAUCACGAACAAUCUUCAAGGAAUUUUGUUACGCUUUCGUCGAGAAAGAGUUGCUGUGACUGGAGACGUGGAGCAGAUGUUUCACAAUUUUAAGGUGAAAACAGAUCAUCGAGACUACUUGAAGUUUCUCUGGCAUCCAGAGAAUGAUCUAGAUCUGCCACUUAAGGAGUACAGAAUGACUGUGCAUGUUUUCGGGAAUAGACCCUCUCCAUCAGUUGCUACUUAUGGAUUGCGUCGUUCUGCGGCUCACUCGGAGCCAGAUGUGAUUGAUUUCGUAUCUCGAGACCUCUAUGUUGAUGAUGGCCUCCUAAGUUGUCCAAGUGAAGAAUCAGCUGUCGACCUGAUGAAAAGAACUCAGCUUGCCUUAAGAGAAGGGGGACAACUUAGACUUCACAAAAUCUCUUCAAACUCAAAAUCAGUGCUGUUGAAGUUUCCAGUAGAUGACCUAGCCAAAGAUCUGAAGGAUUUGGAUAUUGGUAAAGAAGAUCUACCUAUUCAGAGAAGUCUUGGUCUGUCAUGGGACAUCAAUUCUGAUGCAUUCGUCUUCAAGAUAUCUUCCGAACAGAAGCCCUUUACGCGCAGAGGAGUCUUAUCAACUAUCAAUAGUUUAUUUGACCCUCUUGGAUUUGCAUCUCCAGUGACUCUUCAAGGAAAGAUGUUACUUCGGCAAAUGUUAUCAGCUUCACAAACCAUUGCUUGGGACGAUCCUCUUGAUGAUUCCCUCCACCAGAAAUGGUCGGCAUGGGUAAAAUCCCUUCAACAUUUGGAGAACGUCAGUAUACCAAGAAUGUGCUGUAAGCUCUCUGUUAUCGAGUCAUCAUGCAAGGAAGUACACAUCUUUACGGAUGCCUCAAAAGACGCGAUAGCAGCUGUGGCAUUUCUGAAAGUAUGGAAAGACAGUGAGAACUAUGACGUAGGAUUCCUCAUGGGAAAAGCUAAAGUAGCCCCUACGCAUGGCCACACAAUUCCUCGCCUGGAAUUGUGUGCUGCAGUACUUGGAACAGAAAUUGCGGAGUUCAUUAAAGAACAAAUGGACCUAGAGGCAAAAAAUUUCCGGUUCUACAGUGAUAGUCAAGUCGCUCUUGGUUACAUAUCCAAUGAUGCCAGACGCUUUUAUGUUUACGUUGCGAAUAGAGUAAGCCGGAUUCGAGCAUUAAGUGAACCUAACCAUUGGCAACAUGUUGCGACAGAUCAGAAUCCUGCAGACUUGGGCACUCGAGCGUUCGAUGCUCAAGGCCUCUCUCAAAGUAUGUGGCUGCGAGGACCAGCAUUCCUCAGGGAAGACAACCUCUCCACAAACACUGAGGGAGCGCGUCAAAACAUUGACCCUAUCUCAACAGAAGACAAGGAAGUCAGACCGAGAGUUGAAGUCAACAAGACCAGUGUCAAGAGUGACUCUUUGGACUUUAUGUCUUCACUUCUUAAAAAAUACUCACAGUGGGCUAAGUUAGUGCGUAGUGUAGCCAUACUGAAACACAUAGUCUCAUCAGCGAGGAAUCCAUGCAAAAACUCGUCCAGAAGAUGGCACUACUGUCCCGAGUCUUUGAACUUGAGUGCGUUGAAAGCAGCUGAGAUUGCUUUAUUGAGAAUGGCUCAGGAAAAUGAAUUCUCCGAUGAAAUAGAAUGUAUCCGAAGAGGAAAACCUGUUCCCAAGAGUAGCAGAAUCCUUACCUUGGCACCAUUCCUUGAUUCUAAUGGUCUGCUACGUGUAGGUGGUAGGAUUGCAGCAGCGCAGAAAUUCGUUGGCCUUGAUGUCCAUCCAAUAAUUAUACCCAAGAAGUCCCAAGUAGCUAUUCUUUUGACGAGACAUUUCCAUGAAAAUGUGCUCCAUCAGGGAUGUCGGAUAACUGAAGGCAAGAUACGGUCAUCAGGAUUUUGGAUUAUUGGAGCCAAGCGUCUCAUAGCUUCAGAAAUCCACCACUGCGUGACAUGUCGCAAGCUCCGAGGAUCAUUCUGCGGUCAAAAGAUGGCUGACCUUCCAGAAGAUCGGUUGACUCCAGGUCCACCCUUUACAUUUGUAGGCGUUGACACGUUUGGUCCCUGGAAUGUCACUGCAAGGCGUACACGAGGAGGAUUGGCUACAAGUAAGAGAUGGGCCAUUCUGUUUACAUGUUUGGUGUCCAGGGGAAUCCACAUUGAACUAGUGGAAGAAUUGAGCACUUCCUCUUUUAUCAAUGCGCUAAGACGUUUCCUUUCCAUUAGAGGACCUGUCCGUCAGUUCAGAUCUGACAGAGGAACCAAUUUUGUUGGCGCUGUGAAUGAUUUACAGAUGGUUCAUCAGUAUGUGGAGAAACCUUCAGUGCAGAAGUUUCUUCAGGACAAGGAAUGCUCAUGGCUUUUUAAUCCUCCACACGCUUCCCACUUCGGCGGAGUAUGGGAGCGUAUGAUCGGUGUGACCCGUAGAAUUUUAGAUGGUAUGCUUCUGCGAACUGGGAUGAAGAGUUUGACCCAUGAAACCUUAUCGACCUUUCUAUCAGAAGUCUCCGCUGUUGUUAAUUCAAGACCUCUUAUUCCCUUAUCGGAAGAUCCCAGCGAUCUGUCUAUCCUGACACCAGCCAUGUUACUCACUCACAAGACGGGACAACUACCGGAGUCAAUACCCUCGUUUCAUCCAAAGGAAUUGUAUAAGUCCCAGUGGCGUUAUGUCCAAACACUUGCUGCAGAGUUUUGGUACAAAUGGGAGCGCGAUUACCUGUCUCUUCUCCAGCCUCGACGCAAAUGGACAUCUGAAGGACCCAGUUUAAAGGAGGGAGAUGUCGUCCUUUUGAAAGAUUCGGACAUUCUGAGGAAGCAGUGGCCCUUAGCUUGCGUGUGCAAAACUUUCCCUUCUGCCGAUGGCCUCGUGCGCGAAGUGGAAGUUUGUGUGGUGAAGGACAUUUCUCACCCUUUGUUAUACAUCUAUACGGAGGAGGCCAAUAAACUAUCAAACAUCUUUGAUCUGUUUGAGCACAGUGAGAAAUCUGGAUUGCUUCAAAAAGUUAGAAAUCUGGACCGCUUCAAACGGUGA